AUGGUCGAUGAGUCGGCCAACUCGGUCGGCUCAGCUGACUCGGUUGGCUCGGACCUGCUGCCGGGGGCCUGGGAGGAGGUAUCGGCAUCGGCAUCGGCAUCGGCAUCGGAUGGCGAACAAGCUCCACACGUAGUCGAGACCAUUGCCCCAUCGCUUCCGCUGCCGCAGAGGAUUGCAGACGACCCGGUCCUGGUAGACCUGCUCCACGCCUGGUACCACGCCGGGUACUGUGCAGGCCUGGUCGCGGCGCGUGGCGAUGGAAUGAUGUACUCUGUUGUUCACUAAGAUCAGUCCUGCAGCGACUUGCGCCGCUUGCGCGGCCGGACCAAACCGCGAGACGAGCCCAUCUCCGGCAGUGAUGAGAAUGAGGAGCCUGUGCGCCCGGUCGGGUGCGAGCGGAAAGGGAUUGUGUGAUAGUCGGCGUCGACGUCGCCGACAAAGUCGUCGUCGAUCUUGGGGAGCAUAGAGAAGGCCGGGAAGACGCCCGGCGCUUGAGACGCGAGCUCGAGCGCGUCGCGGCGGCGCUUGCGUCUGCUGAGCGCAGUGGGGAGGCCCGGCACGUGGGCCAUGCCGCCUGCGACGUCCAUCGACGCUAGGCCGGCAAGGCCUGCGUCGGCGUCUUCAGCGGCUGCAGUGUCGGCGGCUGCUCCUGCGGCCAGCGCGUCUGUGAUGAGCAGCGAGUUGAGGUCAUCAAACUCGACCAGGACCCACUCAUCGUCGUCAUCGACGUCUUCAUCGCUGUCCUGGAAAGCGCCAAACUGGGCGUGGCCGAUCAGCAGGCCAUCGUCGUCGUCGCCGUCAUCGUCGUCACUGAGCGCCCGCAUGUGGCGCGGCGGAUAAAGAUCAGCA